CGCACGAGCCCCGCACCGGGCGGAAGUGACGCCCUGCGCCUGCGCCCGCGGCGGCGGGCCCCGGUUGGGUGCAUGCUCAGAGCGCGCAGCGCCGCUCCGCGUGGAGGGGCUGCGCAGGCGCAGCGCCGAGGCGGGAACCAUAGAGGGGCCAGGUGGUGACAUCGCAGCCCCGUGAGGCCGUAGCCGCGCUUCCGGGGCCACUGCCAUGGCAGCCGCCCCCGCCGGGCCCCUGCGGUGGGAGCAGCAGCGGGCAGCGAGCAUCGUCCGCGUCCUGGCGCUCUACCGGCCCCUGCUCGACGCCUACGUCAUCGAGUUCUUCGCCGAGGACCUGUGGGCCCGGCUGCCGCCCUCCUGGCAGGCCGCGCUGGGUGCCGUGCCGCCGCCGCGCCUGGCCGCCGCGCUGCUGGAGCCGCCCGGCCCCGCUGCCGCCGCCGGCGCCGUGUGGCCGCUCUCGCUGCUGGCCUUCAAGGCGACGGCGCAGGCGCUGGCCUUCCCCCGCGCCCCACCGCGCCGCCCCGGCCGCCCCCGCCGCCUCCCGCCGGAGUUUCGGCGCAACCCCUGCCAGAGCGCCGGGCUGCCGCCGCCGCUCCGCAAGCACGUCAAGCCCAAAAAGCAGCACGAGAUCCGCCGCCUCGGCAAGGUGGUGAAGCGGCUGAGCGAGGCAACCGGCUGCGACUGCGUGGUGGACGUGGGCUCGGGGCAGGGCCACCUCUCGCGCUUCCUGGCCUUCGGCCUCGGCUUGCCGGUCACCGCCGUGGAGGGCGACGGCCGCCUGGUCGAGGCGGCGCAGCGCUUCGAUCGGGAGCUGCUGCAAGCGCUGGAGAAAGCCCAGGCGCGAGGCGUCGAGGUGCCGCUCUGCCCGCGGGGGCCGCGCCACGUGGCCGGCCGCCUGGACCCCCACGCGCCCUGGCGCCCGGAGCUGCUGCCCCCGGAGCCGGGGCCGCCCGGCAGCGCCCCGAACCCGCUGGGGCCACGGGGCCGCGAGCGGGUGCUGCUCACGGGGCUGCACGCCUGCGGGGACCUCAGCGUGGCCCUGCUGCGCCACUUUGCCCGCAGCCCGCGCGUGGCCGCCCUCACCUCGGUGGCCUGCUGCUACAUGAAGCUCUCGGCCUGCCAGGCGCCCGCCGAGGGCCCCCCGGCUUUCGGCUACCCGCUGAGCGCCUGGGUGGCGGGGCUGCCGGGCCACGCGCUCUCCUACAAGGCGCGCGAGGUGGCCUGCCACGCACUGGAGGACUACGCGGGGCGGCUGCGGGCCGGCGACGGUGCCCUGCGGAUGCACUGCUACCGGGCUGUGCUGGAGACCCUCAUCCGGGCGGCCGACCCCGGCAAGAAGCGCCUGGGCGUGCAGACGGUGAACAGGGCGCACGCGCUGAGCUUCGCUGAGUACGCCCGGCUGGGGCUGCCCCGCGUGGGGCUGGACCCAGCCGCGCUCCCGCUGGACUCGGAGGCCGUGCGGAGCAUGUUGCGGCAGCAGCAGAGGGUGGUGGCCUUCUUCAGCCUGGUGCUGCUGCUGGCGCCGCUGGUGGAGACCCUCAUCCUGCUCGAUCGCCUGCUCUACCUGCGGGAGCGAGGUGGGUGCCGGGGCCGCGGGGCGCGGGCGUGGGGUGCUGCCGGCGCCCACCCUGCCUCUCCCCGCAGGCUUCCAGUGCGCCCUGAUCCCCCUCUUCGACCCCCUGCUCUCCCCACGCAACCUCGUGCUGGUGGCUGCCAAGUGUCCCCUGGGCCCGGUGCUGGCGGCCCUGGACGAGGACAGAAGCGAGGACGAGGACAGCGACGAGGACGAGGACGCGGCCCCACCGGGGGGAUCGCCACCGGGCUGCCCCCAGGCAGCAACAUCCACGGAGGGGCAAAGCCGGGGCUGAGCUGCGACGCUGCAGCCGGGAAAGGCCGAACACCCUCGUUUUGGGCCCCGACCCACUCCCCAGAGCCGGGGGGCAGGAUGCUGGCGCGUCCCCCCUCAGCGCACCGCCGUCCCCAGCGUCGCGGCAGCGCUCGGGCCCUGCGCCAGCUCCCUCACGGCCCUGUGAGGUUAUUUUGCUGUGCUCCAGCCCUCCCGGGCAGAAGGGGAGCACCAUGCCCCAAAAGCCAUCGCCAGGGACAGGGGGCAAAGGCUGGUGGGGGACAAGGGCCGCGAGAUGCAGCUCGGGCCUCCUCUUUGUUACAAUAAAGCUGAUUUUCUACA